CACCAAACGUGAACAGAAAAGCGUCCGGUUUGUUUGUUUACGUUUUAAAGCAAAAUGCCUGGAGAAGUUCAAAUGGAAGACGAAGCUGAGACUUUCACAUCCCAGGCCAAGAUUGCUCAGCUUAUGAGCUUGAUUAUCAACACCUUCUAUAGUCGAUCUCCAACUCCUCAAAUGCCCUAGUCAAGAUCCGUUAUGAAUCCCUGACUGACCCAAGCAAGUUGGACAGCGGUAAGGACCUUAAAAUCAAGAUUGUCCCCAACAAGAAUGCUGACUCACUCUCAUGGAUACUGGUAUCGGCAUGAUCAAGGCUGAUUUGGUUAACAACUUGGGUACUAUUGCCAAGUCUGGAACUAAAGCUUUCAUGGAAGCCCUCUCUGCCGGAGCUGACAUCUCCAUGAUUGGUCAGUUUAGUGUGGGUUCCUACUCUGCUUACCUGGUUGCCGACAAGGUGACAGUUCAUUCCAAGCACAAUGAUGAUGAGCAGUAUGUUUGGGAAUCGUCAGCUGGUGGUUCUUUCACCAUCAAGCCUGAUCACAGAGAACCCAUGGGUAGAGGAACCAAGAUUAUCCUCCACUUGAAGGAUUAUCCGAUGGAUUACCUGGAGGAGAAGAAAGUCAAGGAGGUUGUCAAGAAGAACUCACAGUUCAUUUGCUACCCAAUCAAGCUAUUGGUUGAGAAGUAGCGCGACAAGAAAGUGAGCGACGAUGAGGCUGAGGAGGAGGAAAAGAAGCAUGAGAACGACAAGAAAGUUUUACGAACAAUUCAGCAAGAACCUGAAGUUGGGAGUCCAUGAAGAUUCUACCUACGCAAGAAGAUCGCUGACCUCAUCCGUUUCCACACUUCCGCCUCUGGAGAAAACCAGGUUUCCUUCAAGGAAUACGUUUCCCGCAUGAAGGAGAACCAGAAACACAUCUACUACAUCACUGGUGACAACAGAGAACAAGUCAGCA